AUUGAAGCGGUUGCUGAAAAGACGCCUGAGAAAAUAAAGACUGUACCUUUAGAUCUCGAUAAACCAAUUGCUCAAGAAACACUCGUUGAAAUAGCCAAGUUCUUAGAAUUCAAGGGAAAAUGUAUAGAACGUGCAGCCAUUGAGAUUCAAAAGCUUUUCGAUCUUUUCAAGGCCGUGGACGCCACACAAAUUGAAAUAAAUCCGUUAGCUGAGACUGAUACCGGUGAAGUGAUCUCUGUUGAUGCCAAAUUGAACUUUGAUGAUAAUGCCGAAUAUCGUCAAAGAGAGAUUUUCGCGCUACACACCGCCGAAGAAGACACAGAUCCACGUGAAGUGGAAGCUGCCAAAAACAAUCUCAACUAUGUAGCAAUGGAUGGUAAUAUCGGCUGUCUGGUGAAUGGUGCUGGCCUCGCUAUGGCUACUAUGGAUAUAAUCAAGUUAAAUGGAGGUGAGCCAGCAAAUUUCCUUGAUGUUGGCGGUGGUGUUAAGGAGAAUCAAGUGUUAAAAGCCUUCGAAAUCGUGACAUCCGAUCCAAAAGUAAAAGCUAUUCUCGUUAAUGUAUUUGGUGGUAUUGUAAAUUGUGCCACUAUUGCUAACGGAGUAGNCAAACAGCUGUGGACUUAGAUGAUGCAGCCAAUAAGGCUGUAGCUGCUUUGCAUUAAAUUGCAUAACUCGCCCGUUGAUCGAAUAUCUUUGGCUGGCUGGAAAAUUUCAAACACUAAAGUGUAUUAUUGAUACCUACUUACAUACAUACAUACAUGCGCAUAUACGUAGUUCUAUGCAUAUAAAUGCAUUUACAUAAGUUCUCAGGCAAGCAUUUAAAACCACACUUACGUUUGUGGUUCCGAAACGAAUUUUUAAACUUUUUAAGCCGAUAGAAGUUUAAACAAAUUUCCUUGCCAUAGUGUAUGUUCCUUUUUUAAAAUUUUUUAAUAUGUGAUACUUGGUAAUUAAAUUGUUCAUAGUUGAUCGUUAAUAAAAGUUAACGUAUAUUCUACA